GACCAGCACAAUAGGGACAAAAGUUCAAAUGACCCACAUUUCUUCCCCACGACUUCCGUUCUCUUUCUUCUCCACAGGUAACAACAAAAAUGUCAAAUAUUCAGACCGUCACUUCUGGAAACUCUCUUCAGAACUGAACCAUCAGUGUUCAAUAAUGACUUUAAAAAAGUGUUGGGAGAAAUAGAAAACCAGCCCACUAGAUGGGUUUGGGCUAAAGGAGAGACUGAUAUGGAAAUGUGUUUUAAGGAAGUUGAUGGAGAGAAGGAGAGUUGGGUAUAAACAUUGGUAUCUUGAUAAAGGAGAAUGAGUGCUUGAUGCUGGAUAAAAAAAAAAUGUAAUAAAUGAAAGGGCCUGUUGAGGAAAAUGAUACACAAAUGGGGUUGCUCAUAAGUGUAAGGUUGUGUAAGGUUAAAGAAAUAGAUCUUAGGUGUAAUUCAAUCCAAAAAAAUAAUUUAUGCGGGGAUGAUUGUCUAAGGGAGUUCACAAUCCCUUAAAUCAUGAUGUUGGAUAUUUUAACGGUAGGCGCUCUCCAUUUCCAAUCCGACUUUGUGGAUUCUAGUCACCUUAGGAGCCAAAAAAUGGUAGCUCCUUGGAGGGGAUAGAAAAUAAAUUAAAAAAAAAAUACACAAAUAGGAUCCACAACUUUCCAUAUUUUCAAAUUUGUACUGGGCCGGAACAAACUAUGUUCAACUUUUCUUUGGGAAGCUGCAAAAUGUCGUCUGCCUUACACUGUUCACUGCCUUGAAAAGAAAAUUCCUAUAGGUUUCUUGAAGUAUCUCAAGGGACACGAGCAUAUUAAACGUGCAGUACUGAGAAGGGCUGGUAAGAAGUGGCUGGUGAAGCUGAAUGGACAGCGAUUCGAAGAGGGUUGGGAAAAGUUCGCGAAGGAGCAUGAUCUGCAAUUGGGAGAUAUGUUGGUGUUCAGACACGAAGGAAACAUGGAGUUUGAGAUUACCAUCUUUGAUUCAAGUCAUUGUGACAGAGAAUAUGCAGAGUAUUUGCAAGAAGAAAAAGAAGCCCAUACUGUUGAAGAGACUUGCAAGAAAUUUGAAUUCAAAGACAAACCAAACUCCAACAUCAUGUCAACAAGAAAGGCUUUUCCCAAGGAAGAAUCUGCUACUUACAACUCUUUCGGUCAAUCUCAUUUUAAGUGCCCUGUCAGAUCAUAUUUCCUUUCAAAGGGUUACUUGCGCCUUCCUAAAAAAUUUGCAACGGCAAAUGGUCUCAUCAACAAGAAAAGUGUGAUUAUCAGAGAUGGAAGACAAAGAUCAUGGAACUUGAGACUAGCUACCCACAAUUCUAUAGUCCAUGUAGGUGGAGUGGGUGAAUUUUGCAUUGCGAAUGACUUAAAGGAAGGAGAUUAUAUGAGUUUUGAGGUUGUUGCUAAUGGAGAAAAACCAAUAUGGAAAUUUCACGUAAUAGACCUUACGCUUAAGACCUUGGACGUGACUACUCGGAUAUCACAAAUACCUGCUUCAACAUCUGCUGAUGCCAACCCUCAUUUUAUAUCUACUAUCAAACCUUACACCCCCACAAAAGCUAUUUUGUAUCUUCCAAUGGAUUUUGUAAAAUUAAAUGGCUUGAUGAAUAGAAGUGAGAUGAUUCUUGUCGAUGAAAAGCAGAGAUUAUGGUUAGCGCAGCUAGGGCGAAUGCAACGCCACUUUGGAAUUACAAGUGGAUGGCGACAGUUCGAAAAAGCAAAUGGUGUUCAAGUAGGAGAUACUUACAAGUUUGAACUCAUCAACAAUGGCACAAUACCUAUAGUGCAUUUCCAUUGUAAAUAUACUGGGAAAGGAUGCCAAGUAUCACAGAAGCCAUUGACAAGAGAAUAAGAAGCAGUUGGUGAUGGGAAAGGAAACUAGCACAAAAGCAAGUAGAUGACAAAGUCCACAAAUUCGAGGCUUCAAGAAUUUUUCAUGGAGUUUAAGUUCAUUUUUAUAAAUUCGAACUUGAAGAUUUUUUAACUAAUGGUCCUAUUAUUUCGCAAAAGCUUUUUUAUAGUCACACUUGUUCGAACUUCAAGAACAAUCAUGAAAGCUGGAACUCUAGGACAUUGCCGUGGAGUUCAAAAGAGGCAUCAUUAGUGAAAUAAUCAUUCCACGUUUUUAUGAUGUA